ACGCCGCUUAAUGUGAUCACGGUUAAUGUUAUCAAACGUUUAAUGUUAUCAAAAUCGCUUAGUCCCGUCCGCUUAGAUCAAAAUACAUUGAAAAAUCCUCGUUUAUUGUAAUCAAAUGUUCGUUUAUUGUUAUCAGUUUAGAGGUAAAUUUUAUUUUCCUGAAAUCAAUAAAAACAAGAAGGAAAACUUUUUUUUGUGUUUUGUGAAGUGUUUCCUGAAACUUACCAAAAGUGCAAACGGGGCUCGUAUAUUAUCUUUUAAACACGUGUUAUUAUGAGGGGGGGGGGGGUAUUUUGCCAUUUUCGGUAAAGCAUUGUAAAAUUCCGUAGCACUGUGCGAUUUCAAAUUCCCGGAAAUCCUAAAUAAAGAGAAAAGAAGACCUGCCACUAACGAGUCAAUGUUUGUCACGAGCCCCUUUUUAGAAGAACUAAACAAUGUGACAGAUGAUAUGUCCCAGCCACUAUGGGAAGGGGGUAAGGGGUGACCUUCAAAAGAGAACAUUGUUUCGGGUAUGCCACUUGACCUUGGCAGGUCGCUUAGCCAGUCGCUAUUGGUCAAACAAUAAAAUUGGGGGGGUAGUGAAACUGCCUCAUCUAAGUGCUUAAAAGACGCAUGUAGAAGAUCAGCAUACAUUUUCACUUUACCAUAGUUCAUACGGUUUGUAACCUGAUUUGUUUUUUAUAAUGGAAAGGAAACGGAGAGAUCUUACUGUGAAAGAAAAGGUUGACAUUUUAAAUCGUUACGAUAAAUUGCCAAAAAUGAGCCAAAGGAAUGCUGCUGUUCAAUUGAAAGUUUCGCAGCCGCUUUUGUGCAAAAUUUUAAAAAAUCGUGAAGAUAUCGAAAAAAAGUGCACUUUGAACGAAAAUCUGAAUUGUAAAAGAAAUCGAGAUGGAAAAGACAAAGAGGUUGAAUCUGCAUUAAAACUCUGGUUCACAAACGUUCGUGAGAGGGACGCUCGUGUUAAUGGUCCAAUUUUGCGCCAAAAAGCUGAAGAUUUAGCUGCAAAAUUGGGUAAAGGAAACUUCGUAGCCACAGAAGGAUGGUUCCACCGCUGGAAAAAGAGGCAGAACAUACUCUUCCGAAGGACACAUGGUGAACAAAAAGAUGCCGAUAAUGUAGCCGCAGAUCAGUGGAUUAAAGAAGAAUGGCCUAAACUUAUUGCCGUAUAUUCACAUGAAGAUGUAUAUAACGCAGAUGAAACUGGCCUAUAUUUUCGUGCGUUGCCUGAACACACCUACAUGUUUCAGAAGGAAAGUACGCAAGGGUGUAAAACCUCCAAGGAACGCCUAACUGUGCUAUGUUGCGCUAGUAUGACCGGCACUAAAGAAAAACUUUUAGUGAUUGGAAAAAGUAAGAAGCCCCGCUGUUUCAAAGGUGUGAAAAAUCUGCCCGUCGAUUAUUUUGCCAACAAAACGGCGUGGAUGACUACCACCAUCUUUAACGAAUGGCUGUUGAAAUGGGACAAGCGACUAAAACGGAACAUACUCCUGCUCAUAGACAACUGCACUGCGCAUGAUGUAACUGUUUCAUUAAAAAAGAUAAAUAUCGUGUUCUUACCACCAAACACCACUUCUUUAAUUCAACCGUGUGACCAGGGAAUUAUCCGCACCUUGAAGGCAUAUUACAGAAAGGAAAUGCGUUCAAGGAUCUUAGAAAAUAUGGAAGACCAAGACGCUGAAGAUCUUAAUGCGAACGCUCUAGCCAAAAAAACAAAUGUUUUGGAUGCCAUACAUUUGUUAACAAUGUCAUGGAAUAAUGUCUCGGAAAAAACAAUUCGAAAUUGUUUUAGUCAUGGAGGAUUUUGUCAACCAGAGGACAACAAUGCUGCUGUAAUGAAAGAAAUGGAAGACGUUUUCAAUCCCCCGCCCGAUAUGAAUGCUGAGGAUUUUGAAGCAUGGAUGGAGAUCGACGAGAAGGUUGAGACUUCUACUUCGUUAACUGAUGAGGACAUUUGCGAAGCCGUAUGUGUCAAAGAUCCAGCUUCGUCACAAGAUUCUGAUGCCGAUGAUGAACCCGAAAGUGCUAUCGAGGACAAAAUUCCGACGCCUGCUCAGAUGAGGGAGGCACUUCGAGUCUUACGGCUAGGUGUGCAAAACAAAGCCGACGCGGAACACUUUCAUAAACAUUAUGAUUAUGAGCGAUUCGUAAAUGACUUGCUUCGAAAGAAUGCUAAACAAUCGACAAUUGAUGAUUUCUUUUUCAGCUUAUAAUUAACCUUUUGUAUU